UCACCUCUCUCACCACCAUAAACAUAGCACACACAUUCACAAACCUUUUUUUGAUUUCUAUAUUCUGAUUCAUAACCUAGGUGUGUGCUUGUUUUCUGAAUACUAGAUCUUUCAUUUACCCUUUUUAAGUAUCUGGGUCUUUUCAAGUUUUCUUUUUGUUCCAAUUGUAACCAUGACUGCUGAGGUUAUGGCUCAAGAGGAGACCCAGACAGCUGAGGUUGUUUCUGUUGCUGAGCCCCAGAAAGAGGAGAAGGUUGCUGGAGAAAAUGUGGAACCAAAGGAAUCACCUUUGGAUGAAAAGAAGCCCAAAACGGUGGAGAAAAGCUCUUCUUACAAGGAAGAAAGCAACUUCCUUUCUGAUCUCAAAGAGUUGGAAAGGAAGGCUUUGAUUGAAUUCAAGUCAAAGCUUGAGGAAGCUAUCUUGGGAGGCAUUCUUUUUGAGAAAGAAGAGCCAAAGAAGGAGGCUUCUGCUGAGAACGAGGCAGAAGAGAAGAAUGAAGCUGAAGAGAAGGAGGAGGGGAAAAAUGUGGAGGUUGAGGAGAAGGAUGUGUGUCUUUGGGGAGUGCCCCUUUUGCCAAGCAAGGGAGCGGAAGGCAUUGAUGUGGUUCUGUUGAAAUUUUUGAGGGCUAGGGAGUUCAGAGUCAGUGAUGCGUUUGAGAUGCUGAAGAAGACCCUUAAGUGGAGGAAGGAAUCAAAUAUUGAUUCUUUGGUGGAUGAGGAAUUUGCCUCAGACUUGGCCUCUGCAGCUUACAUGAGUGGAGUUGAUCAUGAAGGGCACCCUGUGUGCUACAACAUAUUUGGUGCAUUUGAAAGUGAGGAGCUUUAUCAGAAGACUUUUGGGACUGAGGAGAAGCGCAGUGAGUUCUUGAGAUGGAGGUGCCAGAUGAUGGAGAAGGGUAUUCAGAAGCUCAAUUUGAAGCCGGGUGGCGUGUCCUCCUUGCUUCAAAUCAAUGACCUUAAGAACUCCCCUGGUAUUUCAAACAAGGAGCUUAGAGUUGCCACAAAGCAAACUGUUGCAAUAUUGCAAGACAAUUAUCCUGAAAUGGUCGCAAAAAAUAUUUUCAUCAACGUUCCUUUCUGGUAUUAUGCUCUCAACGCCCUUUUAUCUCCUUUCUUAACCCAAAGAACAAAGAGCAAAAUAGUGGUGGCUCGUCCUAACAAGGUCACUGAAACAUUGACAAAGUACAUUCCAAUUGAGGAGAUCCCAGUUCAAUAUGGUGGUUUCAAGAGGGAAGAUGAUGUUGAGUUCUCUUCCCAAGAUGGUGCUGUCUCAGAAAUCAUUCUCAAGGCUGGAUCAACUGCAACCGUUGAGAUUCCUGCAUUAGAGGUUGGAAAGAGUGUGUGCUGGGAUUUGACUGUUCUGGGUUGGGAGGUGAGUUACAAGGAGGAAUUUGUUCCCAGUGAUGAGGGUUCUUACACAGUUAUUGUUCAAAAAGGAAAGAAAAUGGGGUCACAAGAAGGGCCUGUUAGGAACACUUUUAGGAACAAUGAAGCAGGGAAAGUUGUCCUCACUAUAGAGAACAACACAAACAAGAAGAAGAGGGUGCUGUACCGUUACAAGGCCACCAAGAGCUCCUUCUGAGUUAGUGUGUGAGAGAGACUGAAGAAUCCUGAGCCAUUCUUUCAUUGUUAUUCAUUGGUUUAUAUAUCAUUUUUUGCCUCAAGAGUGAAAUUGAUUCAAAGUUCAUUAAAUUUUUCUGUGCCAAUAAUGUAUUUGAUAGUUUGAUGUAAAUGUUAAGAGUGUUUCCACUUCA